ACGUCUGUCGGCGUUAGCAUCCGCCAAUUAUGCGGAAAACAUAUCCCGGAGUUAUGAAUUAAUGAAUUUCAAUUCCGAAAGUCGAAAAAACCUAAUUUGAGAGUGGCGGGAAUUCCAGUUCAAAUCCCACAGCAAAUAAUCACCAGAAAUGGAUUCCAGCAUGGUGAUGGAAUUCAUAUGCAAAGAAGUCUCUGAUUGGAACGAGGAAGUGAUAGCCACAGCCAGAUUCAAAGCAUUUAGUGGGCAAAGAUCAGAUUGGGAACCUAAAUACCAAUUUUGGAGGAAUUUGAUUCUCAAAAUUGCACGGCAUUUGGGCCUCUUCACUAUUCGUCCUUGUCAGGUAAAGAAUGAGUGGUUUAAUCGAGGAGGAUUGACCCCUUUAUGUCUUGACCAUGUACUGUUUCUAAUGUACACUGAAGGUGAUAUUAUACGAAAUGUGGAUGUUGUGGAUGCUACGAGUGGGCGAUUCUCUCAGUUAUAUAGAAAAGUAACAAACUUGGUGAUUAGAUCGACCACAACCCCCGAUCUACUACUGGAAGAUAAUCUCAUUCUUACACCAUUAUUGAAGGAAAAAGCUGAUCAAGUUAUUAAACUUUUAUCUGAAAAUCAUUGGACGACAUCAUGUGUUGUUACUAUGAGGAAGUUUCAGGACAUGUGUGGAGGACCAAAUGAAGCAUCUGUAGUCUUGAGUUACUUUUCUGGAGUUGGGAAAGCACAGUAUCUCUCUGUUUGUAAAAAGGAAUUUGUAGAGGGCAUUAAAGUUUCCCUUUCGUCUGCACUAGUACCUGCCAUUUCAAGCUUGGAUUUUGAUGUCCUGCACUUGAUAUGGACCGCAGAAAAGCUUCAGCAACAAAUUGACGUCAUUGACCAGCGUUAUGAAUUGUCAAGAAAUUCAGCAUUAGCUUAUCUGAAAUCUGGAAACAAGAAAAUGGCCCUAAGGCAUGCUAGGGAUAUGAAGCUGGCCUCAGAUAGUAGAGAAAAAUGCACUUCGCUUUUUAACCGAGUAGAGGAAGUUCUUAAUAUUAUUGCCGAUGCUGAAUCUACAAAGAAGGUAACUGAGGCCAUCCAAAUUGGAGCUCAAGCAAUGAAGCAAAAUAAGAUAACUGUGGAAGAGGUUGAUCUCUGUUUGGAAGAACUUGAGGAGAAUAUUGAUUCACAAAAGCAAGUAGAGAAGGCGCUGGAAUCAACUCCAUCAUACACUGUUAUCGAGGAUGAAGAUAUUGAGGAAGAGUUUAAGAAAUUAGAGAUGGAAGUAGGAACUGUAGACCUUCAAUCUCCAGUUCCAAGAAUUGGAAUGAGCAGCACAUCAGGAGAAACAGAUAAUUCGGUGUCGACUGACUCACUAAGUGAUGCUUUGUCAAAUCUUAAACUUCAGGAUGCUUUACCUGGUGAUUGCACAGAUCAGGUUCCUCUCGAGGCAACGAGAACCAAUGACUCCAAAAAUCUCACACUUGAGGCAGCAUAGUUGAAAUCAUACGUUUUUUCAUGCUGGAAUGUUAUUAUGACGUAAAGUUUUCUCAUGCAGUCUUGUGUGUGAUUUAAAUGUGCAUAUAAAUGAUUCUCUUUCUGUUGUAUUUUUGGGUAAAUGGAAAAUUAUGUGUAUGGAUGUUACCAAGUGUUUUUAUAUGAGAAUGUUAGCUUUCAAUAA